AAAACAUAGCGCAGCGUGCAAAAGAACAGAAAAAAAAAGAAACGCAUCUCGGCAGUUUUCCACUUCUUUCCUUCACACUCUUGAGGCGGAAGGGUUCUCUCUGCGGGCCAAUCCCCAGAUGUCAGUGGCGAGACCCUAAAUCAAACCCUGAAUUGUUGACUGUGCUCUCCUAUAUCAUCUCCCAAUCAUGGGUUCAGAUGCGGACAUGGAAGAUUAUGGAUUUGAAUACUCAGACGAGGAGCCAGAGGAGCAGGAUGUUGACAUUGAGAAUCAAUAUUAUAAUUCGAAAGGUAUGGUUGAAACCGAUCCAGAAGGUGCACUUGAGGGUUUUGCUGAGGUUGUUCGCAUGGAACCCGAGAAGGCAGAGUGGGGAUUUAAAGCUCUGAAACAAACUGUUAAGCUUUAUUAUCGGUUAGGACGUUAUAGAGAGAUGAUGGAAGCCUACAGGGUGAUGUUGACAUAUAUCAAAUCAGCGGUGACACGAAAUUAUAGUGAAAAAUGUAUAAAUAACAUCAUGGAUUUUGUUUCUGGGUCGGCUAGCCAGAAUUUUGGGCUUCUGCAAGAGUUCUAUCAGACCACUCUUAAGGCCCUUGAGGAAGCAAAAAAUGAGAGAUUGUGGUUUAAAACAAAUCUAAAGCUCUGCAAGAUUUGGUUUGACAUGGGUGAAUAUGGGCGGAUGAGUAAGAUUUUGAAGGAACUCCACAAAUCCUGCCGAAGGGAAGACGGCACAGAUGAUCAGAAGAAAGGAACCCAGCUGUUGGAGGUUUACGCCAUAGAGAUUCAGAUGUACACUGAAACCAAGAACAACAAAAAACUCAAGCAACUAUACCAAAAAGCACUUACAAUCAAAUCGGCUAUACCACAUCCACGGAUCAUGGGUAUAAUUCAUGAAUGUGGGGGGAAAAUGCAUAUGGCUGAGCGUCAAUGGGCUGAAGCAGCUACAGACUUUUUUGAAGCUUUUAAGAACUAUGAUGAAGCAGGAAAUCAACGGCGUAUUCAAUGCUUGAAAUACUUGGUUCUUGCCAACAUGCUAAUGGAGUCUGAAGUUAAUCCAUUUGAUGGGCAGGAAGCAAAGCCAUACAAGAAUGACCCUGAAAUAUUGGCGAUGACGAAUUUGAUAGCAGCAUAUCAGCGAAAUGAGAUACUGGAGUUUGAGAAAAUUCUUAAGAGUAAUAGAAGAACAAUUAUGGAUGAUCCAUUCAUCAGAAAUUAUAUUGAAGAUCUAUUAAAGAACAUAAGAACACAAGUGUUGCUCAAGCUUAUCAAGCCAUAUACGAGGAUCAGGAUUCCGUUCAUAUCAAAGGAGCUGAAUGUGCCGGAGGAAGAUGUUGAGAAGCUGUUGGUGUCAUUAAUAUUGGAUAAUCGAAUACAAGGGCACAUUGACCAGGUGAACCGGCUGUUAGAGCGUGGUGACAGGUCAAAGGGAAUGAAAAAGUAUGCCGCCGUGGAGAAAUGGAACACACAGCUCAAGUCCUUGUAUCAAACUAUUAGCAACCGAGUUGGUUGAGAUUUGUUUUUAGGGGAAGGUGUGGUUUUUUGCAGUCCCACAGUCCGUGUAUUCCGUCAUGCUGUCAUCCUCUUUUGAGAAGAGUGGAAUUAGAGAAUGGGGAGAAAAAACUAUUGUUCAAACGCAUAUUAAAUUAAAAUUAAAAUUUAAAAUUUA